CCUGCUGCUGGUCACACUUUUAAGUAAGCACGUGGAAAAACAACUGCUAGAGCAUCGUGUUUGAAUUAAAAUAUAUAAUUUUAUAUAAAAACGGCAUAUAUUCGGCAUAAAUAUGUCGAACCUGUAUGUGCUGUACGAGCAUGCGGCGGGCUUCUCGAUCUUCUCCGUCAAGGAGUUCGAGGAGGUGUCCAUGUUCCUGCCCCAGGUGGAGUCCUCGGUCACGGACCUCGCCAAGUUCAACUCCAUUGUGAAGCUGGCGGGAUUUGCGCCCUUCAAGACGGCCAUCGCCGCUUUGGAGAACAUCAACGCCAUUUCCGAGGGCAUUGUUCCGCAGGAUCUGCUCAGCUUCCUGGAUGACUUCUUUGCCAAGCUCAAGAAGAAAAAGUGUACCCUGGGCAUUGCAGAUGCCAAGCUGGGAGCAGCCAUCACCGAGUCCGUUGGCGUGCAGUGCAGCCACUUUGGAGUAGUUCCUGAGAUCCUGCGAGGAGUUCGUUUCCAUUUCGCUAAGCUGGUCAAAGGAUUCACCGACAAGUCUGCUGGCGUUGCUCAACUGGGUUUGGGCCACAGCUACUCGCGUGCCAAGGUCAAGUUCAACGUGCAUCGUUCGGACAACAUGAUCAUCCAGUCAAUUGCCUUGCUUGAUCAGCUGGACAAGGAUGUGAAUACAUUCUCCAUGCGGAUACGCGAGUGGUACUCCUACCACUUCCCAGAGCUGGUCAAGAUUGUGCCCGAUAACUACAUGUUCGCCAAGUCUGCCAAGUUCAUCAAGGACCGCAAGAACCUCACGCAAGACCAGCUUGAGGAUCUGGAGAAGAUCGUAAUGGACUCGGCCAAGGCGCAGGCCAUCAUCGAUGCCGCCAAGAUGUCCAUGGGCAUGGACAUCUCCAUUGUGGAUCUGAUGAACAUUGAGCUGUUCGCCGAGCGCGUUGUCAAGCUCUCAGAGUACCGGAAGAAGCUGUCGACCUACUUGCACAACAAGAUGAACCUGGUGGCUCCCAAUCUGCAGUCGCUGAUUGGCGACCAGGUCGGUGCUCGCCUCAUUUCCCAUGCUGGCAGCUUGACCAAUCUGGCCAAGUACCCGGCAUCGACUGUACAAAUUCUGGGUGCCGAGAAGGCGCUCUUCCGUGCGCUAAAGACCCGCUCCAAUACGCCCAAGUAUGGACUCAUCUAUCACUCCUCGUUCAUCGGUCGCGCUGGCCUGAAGAACAAGGGUCGCAUCUCCCGGUUCCUGGCCAACAAGUGCUCCAUUGCCUCGCGUAUUGAUUGCUUCCUGGAGCAGCCAACCAGCGUGUUUGGUGACACUCUGAAGCAGCAGGUCGAAGAUCGCCUUAAGUUCUACGAGUCCGGCGAUGUGCCGCGCAAGAACAUCGAGGUCAUGAAGGAGGCCAUCGAAGCAGCUGGCCAGGAGGCAGCAGUGACUCCCCAAUCCGAGAAAAAGAAGAACAAGAAGAAGAAGCGGGUGGCGGAGGAUGAGGGUGAGGCCAAUGGCGCCAGCAAUGGAAACGGAGCAGCCGCCGAGGCUGAAAAUGGCAAUGGAAAUGACGAUGGAGAGCCAAAGAAGAAGAAGAAAAAGAAGAACAAAAACAAGGAAGCCGUGGUGGCGUAAUCAGUCGUCUCCAUUACAUUCAGCUUAGUCUUAAGUACCUUUUACCUUAUCAGCUUUUUCUGUAUUUUCUUUGACCCUAAUGGAUCCACAUUUAAUAAACAUACUUUGGAGGGUACUCCCACCGAA